ACUCAACUGCUUUAGCCCGUGUUUGUCUUGUUUUGACUUUCCCUUUUUAUGUAGAUACAAGGUCUCUUUAAAUUCCUCAAUCCAGACUUUCACCUGUGGUCUAUUUGUCAAGUAAGCUCCUAGCAUCUAGAAGCAUGAUCUGACCUACGACGACUGGUUUCAAAACAUCUUUAAUGGUACUUCUCAUUCCCACAUUAGUGUAUUGCUUUGUUAUUUUAAAGUAAAACAGAGUCAACGUGAUUUUUAAACGCUGUAGUAAGAUUCAAAUCACAAAAUAUGGACCAGAAAACUUACAAGGCUAAUAUUUCUGUCAAAGGCUCGACUCACACUCAUACAUCUCAUGCUGUGGAUCUGGAGGUGAACAUCAUCCCCAGGGCUGUCCUGCUGACUGGGCUCCCCUCCUCCAAUACUCUACUGCGGGCAGUCACACUCAAAUCCAGAACAAGAGAAAUCUCUGUAUCUGGGUUACAGGAAUUCCUUCGCCUAGACUUCUGGGAAAUGUAGUCUGCGGCACUGUGACAUCACAUUGAGCCAUCCAGAAAAUUCCCUCCUGGACUUCAGUCCACAAGUGUGCAGUUUUCUCAAAGUUGGGCGAGAGUCCUGUCUGCUCUACAUUCCUGUUGCGUCUCUGACAUGGAGGAAAUGCUGUCCUUCUGGGAUGUGGCCAUUGAGUUCUCUGCAGAAGAGAGGGAAUGCCUGGAGCCUGCUCAGUGGAAUUUGUACAGGGAUGUGAUGUUGGAGAAUUACAGCCACCUUGUGUUCCUUGGUCUUGCUGUGUCUAGGCCACACCUGGUGACACUUUUGGAGCAAAGACAAGACUCUUCAGAUGUGAAGAGACAAGCAGCAGCCAACGUGCAGCCAGGAACAAUACCUGAUGAUUAUAACAUGUACAGAAAGGCCAUUGAUUGUAACUCACUAAUUAUGCAACACCAGAGAAUUCAUACAAGGGAGAAACCCUACAAGUGUGAAGAAUGUGGUAAGGGUCUUAGUUCUCAUAAAACACUUUCCAUACACCAGAGACUUCAUACAGGAGGAAAACCCUACACUUGUAAAGAAUGUCAUAAGGACUUCAAUACUCGCUCAUCACUUUUUAUACACCAGAAAAAUCAUACUGAUAAAAAAACCUACAAGUGUGAAGAAUGUGGCAAAUCAUUUUACUAUCCUUCAAUGCUGAAGCAACAUCAAAGUAUUCAUUCUGGAAAGAAACCCUACAAGUGUGAAAAAUGUGGCAAAUUAUUUUACUAUCCUUUAAUGCUAAAGCAACAUCAAAAAAUUCAUUCUGGAGAGAAGCCCUAUAAGUGUGAAGAGUGUGGAAAAUUAUUUUACUAUUCUUCAAUGCUGAAACAGCACCAAAGUAUUUAUAGUGGAGAGAGACCAUACAAGUGUGAAGAAUGUCACAAAGCCUUUCAUUAUUACUCAAGCCUUAAAAACCACAAAGCAGUUCAUACUGGAGAAAAACUCAACAAGUGUAAACUGAGAAGAAAAAGAUUUACUAAGCCUCCUUCCACAUGGAGGACAAGGCAGCUUAUAUAUAUCACAGAGAAAGCCUACAAGUGUGAAGAGUGUGGCAAGUGCUUUUGCUCAUCUUCAUCCCUUAGAGUACAUCAAAAAAUCCAUUCUGAAGACAAUCCCUACACUUGUGAAGAGUGUGGCAAAAAGUUUUCCUCCUUUGCACACCUUCAAGAGCAUCAGACUGUCCAUACUGGAAAGAAGCCAUACAAGUGUGAAGAAUGUUACAGAGCCUAUCGUUAUCACUCACACAUCACUAAACACAAGAAAGUUCAUACUGGUCAGAAACCCUACCAGUGUGAAGAGUGUGAUAGAUGGUUUUCCUCAUCUUCAUCUCUUAGACAACAUAAAAAAAAGAAAAUUCACUCUGAAGAAAAUUCCCAAAACUGAGGGGAAUGUACAAACACUUAGUUAAUUGUUUUAUCUGUACUUAAUACAUGAUAGAAUUUAUAUGGGAGAGAAAUCUUACAAAUGUCUUAAAAAGUUUACUUCUCAACACUUAAAAGAAAGCAAAUGAUUUAUUCUGGCUACAAACUCCCAUGAGUAUAUGAAGUGUGGUAAAAUCUUUGCUGAUAAUUCAGGUCUUAUCCACUCUAAUGUAUCCAUAGAGGAGAAUAUUAAGUUAAUUAUUUUGGAAUGUCAACACAAACAUCUAAUUAUCAAGAGCACAAUCACUAAGCAUGUCAUCAGAGAAGAGUAGAGACUUCUCUUUGCUGUAACCAACAACAGUUUGUUCAAGCAGUGUGUUUGAAACUUGCCUUGAUUAAUGGGUCUCUUUCUUCUGUAACUAUAAAUGUUCCCUGAAACCUUUACCAUGUCAUAACUUAUUCCAUUGGGUUCCUGAAAUCUGAUAUCUGGUCUGUGUCAUAGUUACUGUUGUUUUUCCCAGUGGAGUCAUCCAAGCUCCUGUAAUAUCUCGCCUUGGUGUGUAAGAAGCUGUCUCUCAGCUAGCAGGUUUUCACCCAGCAUUUGGCUCCUGAAUUCUUAUUGGUAAAACAAAAGGCUAGAAGUUAGUUAAAACUACAGGAAGGCUCUUCUGGUCUUAGGCCUCAGCGUCAAGGCAGCAGCUACAGAGACGCAGUCAUCAGCUGAGGCAGAGAUGGCAUCAGGUGCAGCUGCUGUGCAUCAGAUAAAAAACAGUGCCCGUAGAGCAAUAAUGAUAGGAAAGUUAUGAGAGCAACCAGUCACUUUCUGUUUGGAUUUGAAGCUUAUCCACAAACGGUAACUGGUGUGAUGUUAAUUUGGUGAUAUAAUUUUGCCUGGCUAGGUGAUAAGCCCUAGGGUGAAUUUAAUGCUGUUAUUCUAAUAAGUGGAUACUAACUAAAUGAACCCAAGUUCUCAUCCUUAUACUCAAAGAGUCAGGAUCCCAAGUCCUCAUCUUUAUACCCACAUUGUAAAAGAGGUCCCUUACAAACAUCUAAAGCCACAAGUCAGAGACUCCUGAGGGAAAAGAGGAAGAAAGAAUGUCAGAGGCAGAAACAGUAGAUGUCUGCACUGAGACAGCAGAAAUGUUUAAACAUUUCUAGAACAGUGAAACUUUGCUAGAAAUGUCAGCACCAUUUCAUGCUUGAACACACUGGGGCUAUUGCUACCUAUACAACACUUCCACAGGCUAUACCCCAGCAUACAAUAAGCAUGGUUGCAUAAGGGCCUCACUAUGUCUCUCACCCUGUGGAGGAGCUAUUGGCAAUUGAUGGCUCCUGAGGGAGACAGUUAAUCUGAGAGUCUUCCAGGUUCCAGUCAACUGUCCUACACCUGUAGCUAGAGUUUUCCUGCCUUGCCCACAGUCAGGACAAAUCUUUGUCACCCGCCAGUCCCACAGCUGC